CUCCUUUCCCUGGGGGCAGUCCCUCCCAGCCAAUAGCACAGCCCGGCCCCCCUAUAUAAGGCCUGGGCUGCGGGCCCUUCCUUUGGGUCAGUGUCACCUCCAGGAUACAGACAGCCCCUUUCUGCACAGCCCAGCCAGGCCCCCCCACGCCGCCACCAUGCCGUUCGGUAACACCCACAACAAGUUCAAGCUGAACUAUAAGCCUGAGGAGGAGUACCCUGACCUCACCAAGCACAACAACCAUAUGGCCAAAGCGCUGACCCCUGAAAUCUAUAAGAAGCUGCGGGACAAAGAGACCCCAUCCGGCUUUACUCUGGACGAUGUCAUCCAGACAGGUGUGGACAACCCAGGUCACCCUUUCAUCAUGACCGUGGGCUGUGUGGCCGGUGACGAGGAGUCCUACCAGGUGUUCAAGGAUCUCUUCGACCCCAUCAUCCAGGACCGGCACGGGGGUUACAAACCCACCGACAAGCACAAGACUGACCUCAACCAUGAGAACCUCAAGGGUGGAGACGACCUGGACCCCAACUAUGUGCUCAGCAGCCGCGUCCGCACGGGCCGUAGCAUCAAGGGCUACACACUGCCCCCCCACUGCUCCCGGGGCGAGCGCCGGGCAGUGGAGAAACUCUCCAUAGAAGCCCUCAACAGCCUGACAGGCGAGUUCAAGGGGAAAUACUACCCUCUGAAGAGCAUGACCGAGCAGGAGCAGCAGCAGCUCAUCGACGAUCACUUCCUGUUCGACAAGCCCGUGUCCCCACUGCUGCUGGCCUCAGGCAUGGCCCGAGACUGGCCCGACGCCCGUGGCAUCUGGCACAAUGACAACAAGACCUUCCUGGUGUGGGUGAAUGAGGAGGACCACCUCCGAGUCAUCUCCAUGCAGAAGGGGGGCAACAUGAAGGAGGUCUUCCGCCGCUUCUGCGUGGGGCUGCAGAAGAUUGAGGAGAUCUUCAAGAAGGCCGGACACCCCUUCAUGUGGAACGAGCACCUGGGCUACGUGCUCACCUGCCCAUCCAACCUGGGCACCGGGCUGCGUGGAGGUGUGCACGUCAAGCUGGCGCACCUGAGCAAGCACCCCAAGUUCGAGGAGAUCCUCACCCGUCUGCGCCUGCAGAAACGGGGCACAGGUGGUGUGGACACAGCUGCUGUGGGCUCAGUGUUCGACGUAUCCAACGCCGAUCGACUGGGCUCAUCCGAAGUAGAACAGGUGCAGCUGGUGGUGGACGGUGUGAAGCUCAUGGUGGAGAUGGAGAAGAAGCUGGAAAAAGGCCAGUCCAUCGACGACAUGAUCCCCGCCCAGAAAUAGGCGUCCAGCCCGCCCGCCGCCGCCUGCUGGAGCCCCAGCCAAUGGGAGGACUCGGCCCCUCAGAGGCCCGCCCCUUUCCCCGCAGCUCCGCCCACAGGGGGGGUGGGCCACCUGGGGGCUCUUUCCAUCCCUCUCGGAAUUCCAGGUCCAACCAGAGUUCCGACCAAUGGGCUUCGGCCUCUGAGUUCUGUUUGGCCAAUGUAAAACCUCCCUCACACCUUCCUCUCCUUUCCCCGGAGCUCCGGCCACCACCAGGAGCUCGGGGUCGCGGAGAGCUCUCCAACACAUCUGGAGCUCAUGCUUUUUCUACACCCAAAGCAACAAAUAAAAGCAAUGGUGGCCCUA